UUUAAGUACUCAUAAUAAAAUAAUGGAAAAUGCAAAGGACAACACGAUAACAACAAAUAACGUAGUGAACUUCAAUCAUUUUAUUGGUUUACCAGGUACGUUUAAAACGGGCAUAGAUAAAACUAUAUAUGAGUCAAAAUUAAACAAUGUUUUCCUUGCAAAUUCUAUCGAAAGUGACGUAAAAAAAGAGCCAUAUUGCUCUCUUCUGUCGACGAAGAAAUAUAUAAAUUUUUAAUCAGUCAGUGUACUCCGAACAAACCCGAAGACACUCCAUAUGAUACGUUAAUGGCUAAUUAAAAUAAAUAUUUUAAGCCGACCCAGUCUUACUUUGCGGCAAUACGUACAUUCUACCAAUCAAAAUAAAGACAAGACGAAACAGUUUGCCAAUGGGGUACACGCGUAAAAUAUCUUGCUUCUAUGUGUGGUUUUUCUUCCGAAUUAUCAACAGUAAUUCGAGACAUUUUCGUCGCUGGAAUGGUUAAAGGACCAAUUCAAGAUCGAUUACUCGAAGAAGACGUAUUUAAAAUUGGAACAACAUAUUCAUUUCUAAUGGAAAUAGCCAUCACAAGAGAAGCAACUAUGAACGACAAAAGUAGAUUAAAAAUGGAAGAAUGUGUAGACAUAAAAUACCACAAGGGAAUCAAUGUUUCCAAUAAAGCCAAUAAAUGGUCUAACCCAUCCAAGAAGCCCAUGGAAAAACGUGGAGUUUCUGGCUGUUCCGACCAUAUUCGAAAGGACUACAUUUACAAGGAUUACGAAAACAACAAUUUCAAUACAUCAAACUCUUCGAAAACUUUGAAGCGUAUUCCAAAAAUGAUUGUUUUUGAUUUAGAUUUUACAUUAUGGCCAUUUCUAAUUGAUGCUCAAGCGAAUCCCACUAUAUACAAAAAAAGGCAAUUAUAUGUUAUAACGAACACCAAUAACGAUAAAUCACGUUUAUUGAUGCACCGUAAUACUUGCAAUACUUCAAAAUUAUUCAAAAUAGUUACAACAGGAAUUAAAAAAUCUACUCAUUCUACUGCUACUAAAAUUAUCCGUAAUGAAGAACCGCCAGUAUUAAAAAUAAUGGGUAGAGCAUCUUCUCCUAUCUUACCACUAGCGUCAAGUUCAACAUCUGAAACUCAAACUCAAGGUAAACGUAAACAUAUAAAUAUAUUUGAAUCGGAUUCAUAA